AUGGCGUCACGCUCAUCGUCACUUUUAGUGUCCCGCCCGCCACACGCAUUCGCAUCUUCCCAGUCACCGAUUUUCCAUCCCCGCACGCCCCGCUCUUCGCCAGCUCCUCUCCGCUCCGCCCGCGCCAAGCCCGCGCGCGUCAUCGUUUCGCCAGUAGCCUGCCGCCUUUCCCCUACGCGCCCCGUAGCUACCAACGAGUUCUCCGGCGCGAGCUCGCGCGCAGGCAGCCGGAACAGGCGGCAACGACGAAACGUCUCGCGCGCAGGCAUUUUCAGCGGAUGGCGCGCGCCGCCUGCGGAAAGCCCGAUCGGGGCAGAGAACACCGGCGGGACUGCGCCGGAGGGGACAGGCGGGAUUGCGGCCCAGGGGGAGAGAGACGGGGAUAGGUCGGGGGGUGAAGAGGGGGAAGGGUCGGCGGUGCGCGGCGAGAUGGGCAGCUCGAUCGCGGACUUCCUGCGGCUGCACGAGGACGCGGCGUCGCAGCGCGUGGAGCUGCAGACCGCCGUGCUGUCGUACCGCCGCCCCGCCCGCUGGUGGAACGCGCUGCGACCGCCCGUGCAGGUGGAUCUGGUCUCCGUGGUGCACAUCGCUGAUCAAGAGUACUACGACGCGUUACAGGCGGAGCUAGCGACGUACGACCGCGUGCUCUACGAGAUGGUCGCCGAUAAACAGCGCGCUUCCGCUUCCGCCGCCUCUGCCAAACCCGCGGGCGGCGACGCGGACGGCGAGGACGCGCAGCGACGGGACAGCAGAUGGCGGCGGUUCGUGGGGCGCAAGGAGAGCGACCGCUGGAUGCCGCCCAAGCGCAACCCCAAGCGCAGGCGGCGGGGGGUGGUGGGGGCGAUACAGAGCGGCAUGGCGCGCAUGUUACGGCUGUCGUUCCAGCUGGACCACGUGGACUACCGCCGCGCCAACUUCUACCAUGCUGACCUCGACCUCGCCACCUUCCUCCAACUCCAGGAGGAGCGGGGCGAGAGCAUGCUAUCAUUCGCGCGCGAGGUAGCCCUGCGCUCCACCAAGGCCAUCGUCCGCGCCACCGCUGCGCGCCCCCUCGCGGCCAACCUCGGCCCGCUGCGCCGCACGCUCCUCUGGGCGGCGCGCUUUGUCCCGAUGCCGCUGGUGGGGCUGCUGGUGAUUGAGGGCGUGUGUGCGCCUGAGGGCCCUGGCAGCAGUGCGCUGGUGAAGGGCGCUGAGUUCCAGGCCUUGCUGAACCUCGACCUGUCUUCUGCUCUUAAAGUGGUGCUUGCGAGGCAGAUUACACUCGACACGUUGGACGGGGCAGCGGGCGUGAUGGCAUCAUCAGUGAUCAUAGGCGAGCGCAACCGGGCGUGCAUGCAGGAGGUGCACAAGGCGCUCAAGGCGGGCAGCAGGCGCAUUGCAGUGUUCUACGGCAGUGGGCACCUGCCGGACAUGCACCUGCGCCUCACCACUGAGCUCGGUUUGGAACCGAGUGACUUGUCCUGGCGCACUGCCUGGUCCAUCCCCACUCCUGCCUUCGCUCCUCUGCCUGCACCUCCUCCUCCUCCUGCCUCCUCUGCUGUGCUGCCUUCCGACGUGGAUUCCGUUUCUGCUGCCUCUACUGCUGCAAGCGCAGCAGCAGCAGCUGGUUCGUCCGCUGCAGCGGCCUCUCCACCCGGUCUGCCCACGCUGCCCCGCCCUGCCUCACGUCGCACCUCGCCAUCCCUCGCAAACCCCACCAUGUUCAGCUCUGCCCACCCAACAACAACAACACCACCCACGUCGCCCUCCUCCUCCAUCCCCACCUUCCGCUCCCCACACCUCACACACCUCUCCGAGCAAGCACACGCGCUGCUAGACAAGCUCCUGGGCCAUCUAGCGGGCGCGACAGGGUGGCCGAUGACGCGGCAGCAGACGGCAGCGCUGCUGCUGCUGUCGGUGGUGCUGGCGCUGGACCUGUGUCUCUGGGAGGUGGUGCUCGCCUCACUCUCAGACCUCGCUGUGCUGCUUCUGGGGGGUGUUGGCCAGAUCCUGGACCAGGGCUGGGGGCUGUGA